GCCUACUCCUGAGGCCCUGCAACGCAUCUUCGCGAAGCUGACACCUGCAGAUGUUCACCUCGGCGUUCAGGCGAUGACGCUGGCGAACCGUCUGGAGUUGCAGAAACUCCUCCGUCCGUUGUUCAAGGCUGACGCCUGCGAGAACAAGGUUUGCAGCGUGAAGAAGUGCACCAAGAAGAAGGACGUUUGCAACCUCCGGGAUGCCCACCUCAUCCGGGCAGCAGGCCUUCUGGGCAAGACCAAGAGGCGCGGGGUGCCUUUGCAGAAGGGCGACCCCGUUUGUGGGGCAUGUCGCUGCCUGUUUUCGCGUGCCGUCUGG